AUGGCAACAACAGCUACACCUAUAGAAGCUAUGCAGGUCAUUGGACCAGAAAUUGCAAAGAUUUCAAAUUUUGUAGGUCAAGAGACACCUGAUGAUUUUAUCAGAAAAAUUGCGCAGGUUUUAUCUUCAGUAUGGGCCUGGAGUACUGAUGGAAAUGUAGUGGCGGGUAAUCGAGCAAAUGCUAGUAUUAAUCCAGCUUUACAUCUCAAUAUAUUGAAAUCCAAAAUGGGUGGGCACUGA